GACGCAGAGCCCGUGACUUGCCGACCGUACCCGGUGCCACGAGCGUUCUACGAUGCGUUCCGCAAUGAAAUUCAGCGACUCAUUGACAUUGGCGUGCUGAAGCGGGACCCUUCUUCGGAAUGGGCCUCGCCGGCCUUCGAUAUCCCAACGAAGGACGGCUCCGUGCGAUUGGUGUGCGACUUCCGCAAGCUGAACAAGAUGCUGCGGCGCAACUACUACCCCACCAAGGAUCCCAAGGAGAUGAUGCGGUCGCUUACGAAGCUCAGGUUCAAGUCGGUCUUUGAUGUG